AUUGCCAUGGACUGGCAUGAUACCGACGAAACAGCACAACGACAAUUGACAAUCUAAGGCUGUGCGCAGUUGACUACCUGAAUAUUAACGAUAAAGGCCGAAUGAUAAUUUAGUAGCCUAACAUUACCAGAUUAAAACGUAUAGUGAGGCUGGUUUUAAGAAUUUAUCCUAACCCUUUUUCGUCAUGACCGCACGGCGUUACGUCGGAUGAGCCGCAUCAAACCGUCAGUUUGGUAUCGAUACAAAAUCGGGUUUAUUAGGCAUAAAUCCCGAAUAUUAUUUGCGCGAUAAAAAUAAUAAUAACGCGAGAGUUUGCAAGUUGCCAGAAGACUGUAGUUGCAGCUGUCAAAGGAAGAGUGGAUACGCGCAUGACUCAACACACAUUACUGUAGCCUAUUACUGUACACGGCCGCGAAGAUAAUUUCCGUAUAAAACCCCGAAAUAAUCCCGAGGAGUCGGAGACGUCUCUAUCUUUCCUGCGUGUCUCCUGAUAUUCAUAUUUCUUGAGUUUUCCAACGAGACGAUUGAGAUUAAAGAAGUGCCUCGUGGUUGCCAUAUUAAUGCACGAAAGGGGGAAAAGUGGAGUCUGGAAAUAAGGCGCGUGGCUAACGACCGUGACGACUGUCAGUCCGUCUCCAUCGAAGCCCCCGACCAGACCCGCUUGGAACAGCAGGUGUGAUGGCCAUGUAAAACCGGGAAAGGCGCAUAUACCGCGCGAGGUGUAGCCCUACCGCCUGACCCCCACGUGGGUGACCCGGGCCACCCGGCUGCUCGUGUUGGGUGACUCCCGACAUUGCAGCAUGGAGACCCCCAGUAGCCCCCGGCUGGGGAAGCUGUCAUCAGGGGGGGCUUCAAGAGGUCGUCCCCCCAAACAGGCCCACCCCCAGGAGGCUGCCAGGACCACAGCUACAGGCCCAGAGAGCAACAAACAGAGCAACCCUAGCGGAGAAGUUGAGUCAUGGCUGUCCGGACUGUGAGGCGGUGUUCGCCACUAAGGUCCGGCUCCAGAAGCACAAGCUUUGGAACCACCCAGAGAGGGUUACCGUGGAGACCAAGGCCGAGCCCAAACUACAGAAGACCCCCGUGAAGGGGGCCGCCAAGAAAAGGCCUAUGGAGAUUACUUCCCCAUCGCCAGUGUUCUUCAAAGUGAAGAAGACCCAGGAUGUGUCUAGUCCCUCCCAGAAUGGGGAGUGUUCCCCCCAGAGGGGGGAGAGGAAACAGCACACACACCCCCAGCCCCCUCAGCAUCAGGCCUCCUCAUCUGACACCUCCCCCAACACUCCGGAUGGCAGCGAGAGCGAUGGUGAGGGGGGAAGCCUCCUCCCACCGUAUCCAGAUGAAGACCCUGAGAGGACAAGGCACAGACGGAAGCAGAAAACUCCUAAAAAGUUCACUGGAGAACAGCCCUCCAUCUCUGGGACGUUCGGACUGAAAGGUAUGAACAAGGUAGAGGAGAAGCUAAAGGCUGGUCGUGUGAAGAGAUCAGAGGGAGGUCUGUUCAGCGAGGAGCCCCAGAGGAAGAACCCUGGCCCAGCCUCCAGAAGAGACCCACCACCCCUCAUCUCUGGUACUCCAGCAGAGGCCCAGUGGCAGCAUGCCAUCUCAGAGCGAGGGGAGGUGCUCUGUCCUACCUGCUCCAUCGUCACCAGAAAGACCGUCUCCGGCCUUAAGAAACACAUGGAGAUCUGCCAAAAGCUCCAGGACGCCCUGAAGUGCCAGGAGUGCCACAAACAGUUCCGGUCCAAGGCCGGACUCAACUACCAUACAAUGGCUGAGCACAGCAGCAAGGCCUCGGGGAGCGAGGGCCAGACGGGGGACAGGCAGGAGGAGAGAGAGAGGCUGCGCAGAGUGCUCAAACAGAUGGGACGAAUCAAGUGUCCUAACGAGGGCUGCUCGGCCCAUUUCUCCAGUCUGAUGGGGUACCAGUACCAUCAGAAGCGCUGUGGCAGAGAGCUGUCAGAGGAGGACAAGCCUGUGUUUCUGUGUCAGCACUGUGGGAAGACCUACCGUUCCAAGGCUGGCAGAGACUACCACCUCCGCACUGAACACCGCACCCCCACCACCACCAACACCCCCAACACCACCAACAUUAACGAUACCAACAACACGAACGCCAGCAGAGGGGUGAGCACAGAGGAGUCCCAGACACAACUUGGGGGAAGGGGGGAGCUGAACCACACGGAGAGAGAGAGGAAGGAAAAGGAGAAGUGGCAAGAGUUGUCUGCAGGUAGGGAGAAAGAGAGCGAGGAGGGGAGAGAGAGGGGUGGGGAGAGAGAGGGGCUGGGGGAGGACUUUGAGAGGACUCCCAGUGGUAGGGUGAGACGUCGCUCGGCCCAGGUAGCAGUGUUCCACCUGCAGGAGAUAGCAGAGGAUGAACUGACCAAGGACUGGGGAACCAAGCGCCGCAUCAAAGAUGACCUGGUACCGGACAGCAAGAGGUUGAACUACACUCGGCCUGGCCUUCCCAAGUUCAGUCCCAAGCUGCUGGAGAGCUGGAAGAACGAGGUCAAGGAGAAGGGUUUCCUCUGCUGCUCCAACGGAAGCUGUGAAGCUGUUUACUCCAGUGUGUCCGGGCUCAAAGCUCAUCUAGCCAACUGUAACCAGGCAGGGGGCGACGCAGGGAAGUACACCUGCUUACUGUGUCAGAAGGAAUUCAGCUCAGAAAGUGGUGUCAAGUACCACAUCAGCAAGACACAUUCACAGAACUGGUUCCGAGCCUCUAGCCAUGUGGUGCCCAGCAGCAGCAAGAGCAAACCGGCAGAAAACAAAGAGUUUGAGAAAAAGGAGGUUAAGAACGGUGCCACCACAGGAAAGAAGAGAGGCCGCAAGCCCAAAGAGCACCCCCCUCAGGCCACCCCUGUCCAAACAAAGACUCCUUUCAGUUCUACCCAAAUCUCAUCCUCCACACCCACCCCAAACCCAACUUCAGCCGCCACCCCGAACACGGCCCAAGUCCAGCACCAGGCCCAGUCCCAGAUCCCGACAGAGAGGGUGAACCUGGAGACCCCGACAUUAAACAGACAGCCCAACCCCCCCACCACACGGAAGGGAAAGACCAAGAGGGUGCCCCCUCCCUCAGAGUAGAUCUGCUUUCACUAACCCAGGAGCCAGAGAGGAUGCUAUCUCUCUGGCUAGCCAUCCACAUUACGCCAGUAAGCUCAAAGACGUUAUGGACGACACAAGGACUGGGGGACAGCGAACUAAACUAAAAAUAACCAUAGAGACGUGAAAACAAUUAGUUCAUGCGUUUGAUUUCACUCUGAUCUUUGUGUUUUAACCUUAUACUGUAUACGGUGUAUGUGUCUACUGGUAUAUGCUGAUGUAACAGUUCAUUUUUUCUCCAUUCCAUUUCUAAGCAUAAUUUCAGUUAAGCUAUUCACAACAGUGGUUAAUUGUAAUCAAAGUUAAAAUCCCACUCAAUAUAUAAAUAGCAUUUUCUAAACAAAAGUCAUAUUUCAAUAGAAUUUUGCAUAAUUCCCUAUACAUGUCUGUAGAUUCAUGUUGUGCUUGAGAGAUUUUUUAAAGGAUAUUCUAUUAGCAUGGUGAGGUAAUUUACUGCUAGUGAUUUUUCAAUGGAUAUACUGUACUGUGUAUAUAUACAAUAUCUAUAUCUAUAUAUCUAUAUACUCAAAGCAAUGACGUCAUCCAUCGUUUUUUCAAGGCAGGAAGGUCAAAUUUGCAUUUUGUUGUUUCCACUUUGGCGUCUUGAGUUUGUUUUUCAUUGUGGCAGCUGAAUGCCGAAGUAGAGAGCUCUUUUCAUCAGUCUGCUUCAGUGCAAUAUAGUCAUGUGUUUUUGUCACUUUCUUUGUUGUUUUUUGGCCCAGAGUACACACUGUUACGCAUAAAUCAAACUCUUUCUUCUGUUCUUAUGCUGUUUAAGUAUUUAUAGUAAUUUUGUUAAUUUCAAACAUUUACACUGAAAUGUGGGAGUUAUUUUUUAUUUUACAUAUGAUAUGAGAUUUUAUCAAAUUUUUGAGACAUGAAUUAUACCUUGGGGCACAAGAGUAUGAUUGAGGAUGUUUACACAAACAUUUCUAAACUAAAAUCUGUAUCUACACCAAGCAAUGUAAACGGCAUAUCCACAAAGUUUGAAGAUGAAAAAAUGUUGUUAAAUAUAUGUUUCCACUGCUAUUGUUGCUAAUGAUGGACUAAAUGCUGAAUCUAACAGUGGGAAAGUAUUUGACCAGAGUUGCACCAUUGCAGCACAAUCAAAUGAGUUGUCACCAUUUUGGAGCUUGAAGUCCGACUUGAGGCUGACCUGGAGAAAUCUACGUGCUCUUGUUUGAAUGAAAUCACUCAGAAAAGGCAGCGACAUAUGUCUUUUUAUAGAAAAUUGAAGUCAGUUUGAAAAUAAUAUUUUAUGAAACGAAAAAGAAACCCUGCAAAUAUAGUUUCUAAAAACAGUUGUCUUGCACUAACCCUAACCCUUCCCUCCCUUCCCCCUGUUGUGUCUUUCUGCACUUGAAGAGCACUGCUAAUCUUUCACCCCAACAUUAAUGCUCUGGAAGAGGCUGCCCUUAGACACAGAUCUAGAAACCAGCCUGCCCUCCCUAAAUUCUAACCUUAACCAUUAUGGGCAAAGACACAAAACUGUCCAUAGGUCAGUGUCUAAGGGGCAGUUUCACCCUACUCAAACCUUAACCCCCUAUAUGGUUGUAACCAGGACUAAAAAAGAAACCGAGUGGUGUCCAGAAAUAAGUACUUUUAGUCCUCUGUGACCUGCAUUCUAACCAGAUUCAAUGACAAAUGGGAAAAUAACAGGGCCACCUGUCUAACUCAGAAUCCUAACAAAGCCAUAAAUGAUCCUCAGAAAUGCAAAACAUUUAGGCUGUUUUACCAGUCAUAACUGUUUUAUCGUAAAAUGAAUUAAGUCUAAAUUAAAUAUCUUUAAUUUAUGAAAAAUACUAGCAUGUGCAAUCAGAGAAUUUUUAAUAUUUAUCUAUAUAAUAAUUACUUAAAGUAAAAUACUUGAAUUCACACAAAACAAAUGAAAUAAUUUGAUUGAAAUAAAACCCCUAAAAUCUUUCAUUUAUAUUUAUAUCAAUAGAGCAGAAUAGCUUGCUCUCAAAGCGACAGAUCUAUUUUAUAAUCACUUGUGUAUAUUAUCUAGUUAAUAUGAUAGCAAGGGGAGUUUGUAAAAAGUUAAUGGUUACAUGGUGCAAUUUAAUCAGUCUGCUUGUUCAUCCAGCACAGUUUUUCCUAAAAUUGUACUUUGCAUUAUGUCCAAAUACAGAUACUUAACUCAUACUAUAAUGUUAUAUUAACCCUUGUGCUGACAUUUUGUGUUCCUCAAGUUAGGAUUCAGCCCAAUAUCACCAUUGCAAUUUAAUUAGAUUUUCUAAAUGUCAGCCUACAUUGCUUUAAUCCAUAAUUGUCUAUUUUGGGAUGAUGGGAGUUCUCAAAGAGAUUUGGGCAAUUAAGUCAGAUGAACUCAUGGAUACCAUUUCAUGUCUCUGCGUCCAGUUUGAAGGAAGUUCAAGGUAGUUUCUGGAGCGAUCAUUAAUGACUGGAAGUCUAUGUGAUCAGCUAGCUUAAUUGCAAAAAUCUCUCACUAUCCCUUUCACAAAGGACUGGGUGUAGGCUACAUCCCUUACAUUGCAUUACGAUUGAAUACCUCCUGUAUUGUUAUAUUCACAUUUAAUAGAUGAACAACAGAGGUUAAAUAGACGAGCACUGAUGGAACCUUGCGCUUUUCAAAACAGUUCUUCAGACCUUGGCCAUUGGCUCUCGUCUAGUGACUGGCUUUUGUGUAUAGGGAGAAUGAGCACCUUGGCUGGAGUUCAGUUAUAGAACAUGCAUUCUCACAAAGCCUUUGCAGAAACAUUCUACAGGCUACACAUGAAUUCCAACCCUUUAUUAUGAGAGGAUGCUAAGAACAGUUAGCAGUUGGGUGUGGAGUUUUGGCACAGUAUCAAUUAUGAGUUGCUUGUUGAUUGUUUGAUUUUUACGUCAUAUUGACUGCUAUUGUUUACCUGACAAGCUUUGGUGUUUGCAAUAUAAUAGUUUAGCACUGCUUACCAUUGAGGAUAUUAUUAUAUACUUUAUUUUACCCUUUACUACCUGUCUUCCUAGAUGAUGUGGGAAACACGUAUCCCGCAGUUUGAGCUAACGUAGAAUACAGCAGCAACUGCAACAAUAUGUUUAGAGAGUAUAGCAAUACACCAUAUUUUGACGGUCACAUUGGCUUGCUAAUGUCUUGAUAUCCAGUGUAAUUUACACAUUGAAUGGCUCAUUUAUUUCACCUACCCUAUCCUUUUGUUUGUUUGCUUAAGAAUUGUCUUUUCUCAGUGACAAAUCAAAAAAAGAAGAAAAAAAUGAAACAAAAAAAGGUGAAGUGGAAGUCCAUCAAAUGUGAUGGUAUGUGUUGAAAUACACUGUUUACCGUGUUUGACGAUGCACAUUUCAUUUAGCUCUUCAGGACACAUUGGCACACAUAUGGAGAAUGUUCAUUUGUCGAUAUCUAAGGGUGAACAAGGAGGCGUGCGUGUGUGUGUGUGUGUGUGUGUGUGUGUGUGUGUGUGUGUGUGUGUGUGUGUGUGUGUGUGUGUGUGUGUGUGUGUGUGUGUGUUUUUAGUGCACUUACUAUCCAAUGAAAUAGGCUUGAAUUAGGAGUGUUGUCUCCAGAGCUUUUUAGUGGUCUGGACUGUGUGUGGUUUGACUUUUGUACCUGGGCAUAGGCUAAGGUGUCUUCCCUUUUUUCACAAAAUGCUAUUUCUCCCUUUAAUGUUUUAUCUUACAAACAUUCACAAUCUCAAACGGCUUCAGAUGACUCUUUGUUUUGAAAAUUGACCAUUAUAGAGAGGAUACAAAAUGAUUGGUUAUGUUGAGAAGAAUACCUAUGAUGUUUUUCCUGUUUUCUAUGUUGAAGUUGUUCAUAUCUGAAGCUAUAUCCUAACUAGGGAGGCACCACACCUCUGAAUCUGGUCUGUUACAAUUUUUAAAAAUUGUUGUAUUACCUGUGCAUUAUUAUCCCUCAAAUAAUGAAUAAAAAUGUUGUUGACUAAG